UGGGCAUCACUUCCGCUUUCUGUUUCUCCAUUUCCUACAGAAACAUAAACAAAAAGCAUGAGAAACUCGCUGCCAUCUGGAGACUCCAGCAGAAGGCAUUGAAGAAGGAACAGCAGUGGGCGAAGACCACAAGGGCUGGUGAGAUAGGCCUGGCCCCUGGCCCACAGCCAGAACCCUCUGCCGGCCCUGCUCAUCCAGCUGACCUGGACAUGGCGCUGCCCGCAUGGCUGCUCCCCGUAGCCCUGCUGGCCCUGUGCUGGGGACCCAGUGUGGCAGGGGCCCAAGGGACUGUCCCGAUGCAGACCCUGCGCUGCCACAACGACUACACCAGCCACAUCACCUGUAGGUGGGCGGCCACCCAGGAUGCCCAGCGGCUCAUCAAUGUGACCCUCCACCGCAGGCUCAAUGAGGGCCCCCGGAAACCAGUGUCCUGUGACCUCAGUGACAACAUGCUCUGGUCAGACUGCCCUUCUCUCCCCUGUGUGCCCAGAAAAUGCGUCAUUCCCCAAAAGCUUUUUACAAAUACGGACAGAGAUAACUUCUCAUUCCGACCAGACAGGCCUCUGGACACCGAUCUCACCGUUAUUCCAACCCAGCACGUGCAGCCCCCCGCACCCCAGGACCUCCACGUCAGUGCUGCCGGGGACCAAUUCCUGCUGACCUGGAGUGUGGCCCUCGGCGCCUCCCAGAGCCAGUGGCUGUCAAACCUGCAGUUUGAGGUGGUCUACAGGCGGCUUCAGGACUCCUGGGAGGACGCCCCCACCGUCUCCUCCAUGUCUCCAAAUGCCACCCUGGGGCGAAAGCAACUCCUGCCCAGCAGCACCUAUGUGGCCCGAGUGCGCACCUGGCUGGUCCCGGGCUCGGGGCUCUCUGGACGGCCCAGCCAGUGGAGCCCAGAGGUUCUCUGGGACUCCCCACCGGGGGACGAGGCCCUGCCCCAGAAUCUCCAGUGCUUAUUCGACGGGGGCACCGUGCUCAGCUGCUCCUGGGAAGUGAGGUCUGAGGUGACCAGCUCGAUCUCCUUCACCCUCUUCUACAAGUCCAGCCCCAACGCUGAAGGGGAGCAAGAAUGUUCCCCAGUGCUGAUGGAGAAGGCGAGUGGUCCUUACGUCCGGCACCGAUGCCAGAUCCCCGUGCACGACCCCUGGAACCACAGCCUGUACAUCGUCUCAGUUCGGCCAAAGGAGGAGGAGAAAUUUAUAAAGAGCUCAGACAACAUCCAGCUGGCUCCCCCGACACUCAACGUGACCAAGGGCAGAGACGGCUACAGCCUGAGCUGGGAGGUACAGGCAAUGCUCUUCCCGCACAUAAAGCACACCUUCGAGGUCCAGUACAAGCAGGACGCAGACUCAUGGGAGGAGAGCAAGACAGAGUCCCUCAAGAACACACGUAUCCUGUCGUUGCCACCUCUGGAGCCCUCCACCACGUACCAGGCGAGAGUGAGGGUCAAGCCGUACCAUCGCUACAAUGGGAUCUGGAGCGAGUGGAGUGAAGAGCGCUCCUGGGACACUGAGUGGGUGCUGCCCAUGUGGGUCCUGGCGCUCAUCCUGGUGGCCACCACCCUCGCCUUACUCCUGGCCCUCCGCCUCUGUGGCAUGUACGGGUACAGGCUGAACCGGAAGUGGGAGGAGAAAAUCCCCAACCCCAGUAAGAGCCAACUGUUCCAGAACGGGAGUGCGGGGCUCUGGCUCCCAGACAGCAUGGCGGCCCUCACCAGCAGGAGGCCCUCACACAAGGGACCGUGGGGCAGCGGCUUCCCUGGGCUGGAGGGGGUGUCCCAUGUAGACUACGGGCAUUGCGAGGUGUCCCCUCUCACCACGGAGGACCUGAAAUGUGCCCCUGACUCACCAUCGGAGCCUGACCCAGCACUGGCUGCCUCGGACCUCCCCACGGAGCCGCCCCCCAGCCCCCAGCCCUGCCUGUCAGCUCCGUCAAGCAGACCUGAGAGGAAGGUUUCUGGCUUCGACUUCAAUGGCCCCUACCUGGGGCCACCCCACAGCCUCUGCCUGCCUGACCUCGUGGGUCAGGAGGCUCCCGCACAGAUGGGCAUGAGUCCGAAGCCGCUGCCUCCAGGGUCCCUAGAGUACAUGUUUCUGCCUGCAGCUGGGCAGGUGCAGCUGGUCCCACUAGCCCAGGUGAUGAAACAAGGCCAGGCCACAGGUGUGGAGAGGAAGCCCUGCCCAGAGGCCAAGGGCAGCCCUUCCCUGGAGUCAGGGGCAGGCCCUGCCCCUCCUGCUCCUGAGCCGAUGGUGGGUGGUCAGGACCGGGACAGCCCCAUAGCUCUGCCCACGGCCUCUGGGGGCCCUGAGGACAGCAUCGUGGCAUCUGGUUACAUCACCACUGCAGACCUGGCACUCAUUCCACCCAAAGGGGCAUCGUCUGCUUCGCGGGUUUCCCCUCUGGGCCUCCCUUCAGUCCAGAAUCACCGCCUCCCUCCUGGAGUCACAGAUGCCCACCCUGAUGUCCCAGCCCCCGUGAAAUCAGUGUUUGAGGGACGUGUGGAUCUCCCUCAACGCACAGGCCAGUCCCCCAACUUCUCUGGGCAGGCUUGCUGCCUGAACCCAGGGGUGCCCCAAGGAGAUGUGACCCCAUCCUCCUGAUACCCUGAGGGGCUCCUGGUCCGGCAGGGGGGUGAUUAUUGUCUGCUCUCCAGUUUGGGAACAUGCCAGCUCCCUCUCCAGGACAUGCUCUCACUCCUGGAAGGUGGUGCUCUGACUACAUUACCCUGGCCAAGUGCCCUUGCCGGUCCAAUGUAAAGGAGCAGGUACAACUCUGCUUUUAAGCAAGGAAGCCACUGUAGGACCAGCACCACCCAGGAAUGACAACAGGCCUGGACAGGUGAGGCCACUCCCCCUGGCUCAGCUGAAUCUCUGGAAUUUGCGUUCUCGCUUUGAUCCAUCCCCUGGCUCCUUCCCUGGCUCUUUCUGUACGUCCAGAGGAGGCCACUGUGUGGCAAAGGGGUGAUUCUCAAACUUCAUCAUGCUCCAGAGUCAACUGCAGAGCUUGUUACAACAUAGUUUUUGGUUCAGUAGGUCUGGGGUGAGACCUGUGGGUUUGUAUUCGAGUUCCCAGGUGGUGCUGAGGCUGUUGGCCUGGGACCUCACUUUAAAGACCCCUGCGGUAGAAGAAAGUGUGGACACGGACCCCUCACUCAUUCUGUGUCUUUGUGUGUGUCUUCAAUUAUUUGGAUGUGAUCGUCGUUCAUUUUCCACAUCUGCGUUGUCUAUUUAUUGCAUACUGGGAAGGAAUGGCUCGUAAUUAAGAUGAAUUACGAGCCAUUAUUCAAGAUUUCCCCCCGCUUUGUUAUCUUUUCAUUACUGAAGUUUAGUUUCACUGUCUUGUGGCAGAAAAUGUAACCUGUAAAAUUCCUGCCUUCUGGAAUUUCUUUAAAAUUUUCCUGUGGCUAAGUAGAUCAAUAUUUACAUAUGUGUUCCCUAAGACUAAGAGAAGAAAGUAUAAUCUCUAUUUAUAUGUUUUACAUAUAUUGUAUUAUAUGUUAUACACUUGCAAAUAUACAUAUUCACCUAUAUAACUCACUUGUUAAUUACUGUUUCCAUGUAAGUUCUUUCCAGAGGCAGUAGAGUGAAGAGAGUAAUAUCUCCAAUUCUGUAGCUAGAGUGUGUGGGUUCCCUAUCGUUAGGGAAAUUCCCAACCCCUCUGUGUCUCUGUUUUCUCAUCUGCAAAAUGGGAUGAUAAUCGUGCCUAUCUUGUAAAGUGGCCAGGAGAACUAGGAGAGUAAAGUGCCUGGCAUAUAUUUAUAUGCUAUUUAAGUGUCAGCUCAUAUAAUUCCUCUCAUUCAUUCACACAUUUAUUGAAUGUCUGCUGUGUGCCUUGUACUUGGCCUCGCCCCUUGCAUCCUUAUACAUUUAUUUUAUUUAUAUGAUUUUCCAAAUACGAGUAUAAAACAAAUGCAUGAAAUUUUCCAACUGGGGUUUCAGUUUUAUCAAAUUCUCUCAUAUUUAUAAGGAUUUGCCUGAUGGAUUGUCCUAUGCUGUUCAGUUUUAAAAGGUUUGUGAUCAUUACAUCUUCAAGGAUUGUUAUUUUGUUGUGGUUGUAAAUAUCCUUCUUUGUCCUAUUUAAUACUCUUGGCCCUAAAUGUUGUUUAAUCUGGUAUUAAUCGUGCUCCCUGCACUGUGGUGUUAUCAUUAUUAGCAUUUGCCUAAUAUGCCUUUUCCAUCCCAUUAUUUUCAACUUUCAAGUCCUUUGUUUGGGGUGUUGGGGGGACAAAGUCCCGGAGAGCAGUUUCCAGGCUCUCGGCCUCACAUGGAAAGGUGCUGGCUCGGUUAUUAGAUGGCCAUCAGCUGUAGCUGGGUGGCCAUCAGCUGUUACUGGUUAGCCAUUAGCCACUAAUAUAACUGCUAUGGCUACACUAGGGAGUUAGUUGGUUUGUUAGCAGAGAAGUGGACGGUAGAUUGCAGAUCGUGUGGAUCCUGCUUCCUGUGUCUCCAACCCAGCCACCAAUGAGACUAUAGUAGUAUGAACUCCCAUCCAUGGCUCCACUGGUGUUCCAUUUUGGCCUCGUGAUAUCCUGCGUUCUUGAGCAGAGAGCGGGACCAGAGACCCCGCAUGACAGGUGUGUGUCUUGAAAACAGACUAGAGUUGCAUUAAAAACUAUUUGAUCAGAUCUGAGAAUCCUUGUCUUAGUGGCUCGGUUUGCUUUUAUUGUGAUAAUAAAUAGAUAUUUGCUUUUGUUUCUUCUUUUUCAUUUUCAUUGCUUCCGAUACAUUAACAUACUUUUU